CUCAACGCGAUGGCUCUAUGGAGUAUGGGCGGCCGAAUGGGCCCUGGCCUAGGCCUGGGCCUGGACAUGGGCCUGGCCCGUCUCGUCUGCGCGCGGGGGUUGCGGUGCUCCCGUAGGCAGGGCCGCGGAUCCCAGCAAGGGGAAAGCGCUGAAAGGCCGCCCUCUUCCUCAGAGACAAGGAGGCCGCCCAAGAUCUAUACCAGAACAGGAGACCAAGGUUUUUCCAGCACUUUCACUGGAGAAAGGAGACUCAAAGAUGACCAAGUGUUUGAAGCCUUGGGAACAACUGAUGAAUUAAGUUCAGCUAUUGGGUUUGCCAUAGAAGUCAUGACAGACAAAGGCCACCCAUUCGUGGAUGAACUUGAGAAAGUCCAGUGCAGGCUGCAGGAUGCCGGCUCAGCCAUUGCAACACCGCUGUCUUCGGCCAGGGAGGCUCACUUGAAGCGCACGGCAUUCAGCGAGGAUGCCAUCCUGGACCUGGAGCGCUGGAUAGACGUGUACACCAGCCAGCUUCCUGCCCUCACAGCUUUCAUUCUGCCUUCUGGAGGUAAGAGCAGCGCAGCCCUCCACAUGUGCCGAGCCGUGUGCCGCAGAGCAGAGAGAUGCGUGGUUCCGCUCGUCCAGGCCGGGCAGACGGAUGCAAACGUGGCCAAAUUCUUGAACAGGGCUUAGAAACGAGGGCCCGUUCCCUCCAACUCUCCACCUUGAGGAGGACAGAGCAACAAGUGCUGGGUACCAAAGCAGUUCAGCCAGUUAGAGGGCACAUACACAGCCAAGGUCAUGCUGCCUCUGACAUCGGGCACCUUUGAGGGCAGCAGCUAGGUCUUAUUCAAUCAGCAAUGCCUCAGGAAGCUUCCAUUCUGACAAGGACACACGUCUAUAGAACACAUGCAAAAUGGACAUGGUAGUUUUGUGAGGGAGGGUACCACACACAGUAGGUGCUUUCUUGAUGUGUCAUGAAUAAAAGAAAAAUGGAGAUGAUGCUUGACUGUGACAAGCUGGCCUCUUUAGGUUGUUCUGGAGUAGUGAAGCCCUGUCCCAUCCAUGAUCUUACCUGGUCCUCACAGCAGUGUGAGGGUGGAGGGCAGGGGGUGCUGUCUCCAUUUUGUGGAUGAGACCCAGAGAGGGAGCUGACUUGUCUGAGGUCAAAGCAGUGAUGGGUGGAGCCAGGAC